AUUCUUCCAGGUCAGCUCGCUAACCGGGUCCCUGACGCUGUGUCUGGUGCGGUGCUUCCUGCGGUCGCAGUUCCCUCGCAAGUCGCGGUUCCGCUCCUACCCUCCAAUUCGGCUCCUGCUGGUGAGUAUUCUGCUUUUGCCGGAUCAGAAUCAGGGGGCGCUGGCGCAC